AGUACUUCCCCUUUAGCCGGGUUGACGUCGUUUCGCCUCUGCCUUGAAUGUGAUUCAUGUUUUGUUAGCUAAUCUUGCUAGCAGAUGUCGACUGGUUUGACUCGUGUUCAGAUGAAUAUAUGUGCAUAACACGGUUCAAACGCCACUCCUAGUAAGAGGGGAGGAUGGCACAUCGACACACCCCACCUGAGCUGUCCCAGCGGACAGAGUGCCUGGAAGCGGAUAAUGAUUCCGACAGGGACUCUGGUGUUGGGGAUGAUGCUGGAGAGGAUGCAUACAGUUGCCAUGGAAGCCCAGUAACAGAAGAGGAGCAAGACAACACGCAAGAUGGCAUGGAAGAACACAGCGGGAUGGCAGACCAUUUUACAGUUUUCGUUGCCUUUCAAGGGAAUAUGGAGGAUGAGGAUUUUACACAGAAACUUGACACUGUCCUCAGAGGGAUCCCUAACAUGCUUGACAUGGCCUCUGACAGGCUGAAACCCCAGCAUGUGGAGCCGUGGAACAGUGUGCGGGUUACCUUCAACAUUCCUCGGGAUGCAGCUGAGCGACUUAGACUUUUGGCCCAGAACAACCAGCUGCAGCUCAGAGAAUUGGGGAUUCUCUCUGUGCAGAUAGAAGGGGAAGGGGCCAUCAAUGUGGCUAUGGGACCAAAUCGAGGACAAGAAGUGAGAGUGAAUGGACCAAUUGGAGCACCUGGUCAGAUAAGAAUGGAUGUCGCCUUUCCGGGUCAGCCUGGUCCAGGAGUAGUCAGGAUGGCUAAUCCACAGAUGGUUCCCCCUGGUCCUGGCAUGGCAGGUCAGGCCAUGCUACCUGGCAGCAGUGGACAGAUGCACCCUCGUGGUUCAAGACCAUCUUCACAGACAGACGUAAUGGACCCAAUGAUGCCUGGUAUGCCAGUUCAGCAGCAACAGCAGCUUCAGCACCAACAAGUUGGUCCCCAUGGUCCAGGCCCCAUGCCUCCUCAGGCUGCCCAUCACAUGCAGACUCUGCAGGUAGGAAGACCACUUAACCCUGCUGCACUGCAACAGCUACAACAACAGCAUCACCAACAGCAACAGGCCCAGCAGCAAGCUCAGCUCUCCCAGCUUGGACCCAGACCUCCAUUCAACCCAUCAGGCCAGAUGGCCGUACCUCCUGGCUGGAACCAGUUGCCCGCUGGGGUUCUCCAGCCUCAAGGCUCUCAAGGCCCAGGCCCUGCCUGGAGAAAGCCCCCACCCCAAGCACAAAUGUUACAACGGCCACCUUCCCUUGCUACAGUGCAGACUCCAAGCCACCCUCCACCCCCUUAUCCAUUUGGCAGCCAACAGGCUGGGCAGGUAUUCAAUACCAUGGGACAGGGUCAAUUACAGCAACAACAGCAGCCAGGAAUGGGCCAGUUUGCAGCCCCUCAGCCUAAAGGCCUACAGGUUGGCCCGGGUGGUGUUGUAGGACAGCCUAGACCCCCUCCACCCCUUCCAUCAGCUUCUGGACCACAGGGCAACCUCACCGCCAAGUCCCCUGGUUCCUCCUCGUCUCCUUUUCAACAGGGUUCACCUGGGACUCCUCCCAUGAUGGCUCAGAGACCCACAACUCCACAGGGUUUUCCUCAGGGUAUUGGUUCACCAGGAAGAGCAGCGCUUGGCCAACAGGGUAACAUGCAACAAGGAUUCAUGGGAAUGCCCCAGCAUGGUCAGCCUGGGGCCCAAGUUCACCCAGGCAUGCCAAAGCGUCCAAUGGGCUUUCCAGCGCAAAACUUUGUCCAAGGACAGGUGAGUGUCAGCGCUCCAGGAACGCCUGGUGGAGGAGCCCCUCAGCAGCUACAGAGCAGCCAAGCCAUGUCUCACCCAGGAGCUCAACCUUCGACACCAAACUCAAUGCAAGGUCCAGUCCAUGUCCAACCCAAUGUCAUGGGUGUACAAAGUAGUAUGGCAGGUCCGCCCCCUUGUACAACUGCUGGGCCUAGUAUGGGCCAGCAACAGCCUGGCCUCCAGACCCAGAUGAUGGGCCUCCAGCAUCAGGCCCAGCCCGUGUCCUCCUCCCCCAGCCAGAUGGUUCAAGGCCAGGGUGGAGGUCAGACUGUCCUCUCAAGGCCCAUCAAUCAAGGGCAGAGAGGAGGAAUGACCCCACCCAAGCAGAUGAUCCCUCAACAAGGCCAGGGGGUGAUGCAUGGGCAAGGUCAGAUGGUUGGAGGCCAAGGGCACCAGGCCAUGCUCCUGCAGCAACAGCAGCAGCAACAACAGCAGCAACAAAACUCAAUGAUGGAACAAAUGGUUGCCAACCAGAUGCAAGGCAACAAGCAGGCAUUUGGAGGCAAGAUGCCACCUGGGGUCAUGGCUGGCCAGAUGAUGCGUGGCCCUUCCCCAAACGUUCCAGGUAACAUGGUUCAGUUCCAGGGCCAGGUUGGCCCUCAGCAGAUGACUCCACAACAGCAGCAGCAAAUGGCCCAACUCCAACAACAGCAGUUACAACAGCAGCAACAGCAUCAGUUGCAACAGCUUCAGCAGCAACAACAACACCAGCAAAUGAACCAGCAACAGCCCCAACAGGUCCCUAUUCCUGGAAAUCCUAAUCAAGCUAUGGGCAUGCAUGGGCAACAGAUGAGACUUCCUGCUGGUCACCCUCUUAUCCAACAACAGUUGCAACAGCAGCAGUUACAGCAGCAGCAGAAACAGCAGCAGCAGCAGCAGGUCUUGUUGCAGCAACAACAACAGCAACAACAACAGCAGCAACAACAACAACAACAACAACAAGCAGUUCAACAGCAUCCACAUCCUCUGGGAGAUCCCAAUAAUGGUACAGGGGACUUAGGGGUCCAACAAAUGGUUCCUGAUAUGCAGGCACAACAGCAACAAGGCAUGAUGGGGGGUCCUCAGCACAUGCAGAUGGGAAAUGGACACUUUGCAGGUCAUGGUAUGAACUUUAACUCCCAGUUCCCAGGCCAGAUGCCAAUGGUAGCAGCCUGUGGACAGCAAGGUGGGUUUCCUGUGAGUAAAGAUGUUACACUGACCAGUCCACUGCUGGUCAACCUACUGCAGAGUGAUAUCUCAGCCAGUCAGUUUGGACCAGGAGGCAAACAAGGAGCAGGAGGAGGUAAUCAAGCCAAACCCAAGAAAAAGAAGCCUGCACGAAAGAAGAAGCCCAAAGAGGGAGAGGGACAACAGCAAGUAGAGGGACCUGGUGGUCUUGAUGUGAAUGCUGGCAUUGAGGAUUCAGAAUUGCCAAAUCUGGGUGGAGAACAGAAUUUGGGCUUAGACAACUCUGGCCCAAAACUCCCUGAUUUUGCUAACAGGCCUGCUGGCUUUCCUGGCCAACCUGGAGAACAGAGAGUAUUGCAGCAGGUGCCCAUGCAGUUUAUGCAGCAGCAGCAGCAACAACAGCAACAGCAGCAGCAGCAGCAGCAGCAACAACAGCAGCAGCAACAACAACAACAACAACAACAACAACAAAUACAGCACUUGCAGCAGCAGCAGAUACAGCAACAGCAAAUGCAGCAGCAGCAACAAAUGCAACAACAACAACAACAACAGCAGCAGCAGCAGCAACAACAGCAGCAGCAGCAACAACUACAGCAGCAACAACUACAGCAGCAGCAGAUGCAGCAGCAACAGCAGCAGAUGCAACAGAUGCAGAUGCAGGGUCUCCAGAAUGCUCAAGGGCAGCAGGGGAUGACUGGGCCGCAGAAUUCAGGUCAAGGCCAGCCCCAGAUGCACCCUCAUCAGCUACAGCAACAGCAACAGCAACAGCAACAGCAGCAGCAGCAGAAGCAGCAGCAGCAGCAAACACAACAGCCACACCUUCAACAGCAGCAGCAGCAGCAGAUGAUGAUGAUGAUGAAGAUGCAGCAGGAGCAGGCAAAAAAUCGCAUGUCAAUCCCACCAGGAGGACAGCUCCCUCCGCGGGGCAUGGGCAAUCCAUCUGAGGUGCAAAGGCUUCCUGUCUCACAGCAAGGUAACAUGCCUGUAAUGAUCAGUCUUCAAGGACAUGGAGGGGUACCACAGUCGCCCGACAAAGCAAGAGGGAUGCCCUUAAUGGUGAACCCACAGCUUGCAGGCACUGCACGGAGAAUGUCUCAUCCUGAGGUAGGGCAGGGUACCCAAGGCAAUGGAUCUGAAGAGGUCUCUGCAGGGGCUCAUCCUAAGCAGGAAAGGCCUGGUGGCCAAGAGAUGGGGGUGCAGCCUGGAAAUGGGACACAACAGAUGAUGGUUAACCAAGGCCCCAACACUCACAUGAUGAAGCAAGGCCCCGGCCCAUCACCAAUGCCCCCACAUACUGUAGCCAGUCCCCAACAGCAGUUACCCACUCAACCUCAACAAGGAGGGCCAAUGCCUGGACUUCAUUUCCCUAAUGUCCCCACAACCUCCCAAAGCUCCAGGCCUAAAACCCCCAACAGAGCUAGUCCCAGGCCAUACCACCAUCCACUUACUCCAACUAAUCGUCCACCCAGUACUGAGCCCUCUGAAAUAAACCUUUCACCUGAGAGGCUAAAUGCCUCAAUUGCAGGACUUUUUCCUCCCAAAAUCAACAUUCCUUUACCACCAAGGCAGCCCAACCUAAACAGAGGAUUUGAUCAGCAAGGUCUUAACCCAACCACCCUGAAAGCCAUUGGUCAGGCCCCUCCUAGCUUAACUCUAUCAGGCAACAACAGUAAUGGCAGUACGGGUGGAAAUAACAGUAACAACAAUCAACAGCCUUUCUCUACUGGCACUGGAGUCCUGGGUGCAGGUACCAAACAGGAAAAGCAGUCUGGAGGGCAGGGUAAGAGGGCAAGUCCUAGUAAUAGUCGGCGUUCAAGUCCAGCCUCUAGCCGCAAGUCUGCUACCCCAAGUCCAGGAAGACAAAAGGCGAAAAAUAUGACAAUCACAUGCCCUCCCCAGCAGCAGCAGUUGGUCAGCCCUCAGGGGCAAACCAUGAUGCUGAGCCCUACCCCGGUACCCCCUAGUCCAGUAUCUAUGCCUUCACAAGUUAGUGGGGCUAUGGAGGCACAACAGACUCAGAGCCCCUUCCAUGGGAUUCAAGGUAACCCUUCUGAGGGAGUUAAAGAAAGCCAGGGAAUGAUGACAGCAGAGCAGAGAAAGGUGCCUCAGCCUCAACCCCAGGCACAUCCUUUGAGAGAGUUGUCAGCCCCCAAAAUGGCAAGUCCUCGUUUCCCUGUGCCUCAGCAGCCAAAACCUGACAUGGAACUGCAAGCUGGCAAAGUUGAAAGGCAAACACUCACGGCCCCUGUGCAGGAUUCUGAGGGCUCACCUGCUCUCAGGGCAGCUCCAACCUCCCUCAACCAGUUACUAGAUAACACAGGUAUCCCAAACAUGCCUCCUCGCCCUAUACAGAAUAAUACUGUUAGGGAUGUCCCGGCGAAGGACAGUCCCAAGUCUGCUUUGGAUCCAGACAAACCACUCCAGGGUAAUUCCCAGAGUACAGAUGCGUCAGCAUCUGUUCCUACUACUGCAACUAUAAAUGAAUCGGAAACCAAACCCAGACCUGCUGUUCCAAUCCCUACCAGUAGUCCUAGUUUGCCACCUGCUUCAAUUCCCAGCUCGCAUCCUAGCACUGUAGUGAACUCCAAUACCACCCCCACCCUUCAUCAAAACCCCAUCAUUAGUCAUGGGGUUAAUCCCAGUCCGAAUGUAAACCCAACAGCUACUCUUUGCAACACCCUCAGUACUAACACUAAUACCACCCCAAUUGUUAGCCCCAACCCAGUCACUUCAGGCCAGAGCAAUUCUGCCUCAGCUAUUAAUGCCAGUUCAAUCUCCAGCUCGGCACUUAACCCAGCCAAUUCGGCUCUAAAAUCAAUCCCAAAUCCUAAAGCUGUGACAAAUGUUAACUCAGUCAUUCAGAUUCCUGCCUCUCCCAGCACCAUUUCCCCCAACCAGAUCACUGUGUUUGUCACCUCUAACACCAUCACCUCUGCCCCCACUCCGCAGGCCCCCACGUCUAUGGUGUCUACCAUGGUUGCGGUACCUAACAAGAAUAUUAGACCUCAGGACAUCAGGCAGCAGACCCCUAUCCCUCGACCUCCUCAGUUCAUCACCACCACCCCUGUAUUUAUUAACCCAAUUUUCCAAGUCCCCAGUGGGUCUGGGGCUCCAAAUACCACAGUGGUAUCACAGGCAGUGACCAUGGUGGGGCCUAUCCAAGUUUCCAAUGCAAAUAUCCAACUUUCUCCUGCCCAAACCUCCACUCAGUCCUCAGUGGCUAACGUGACUAGCACUCAGCUUACCAGAAGUGCUGUGGGACAGGUUCAAAUUGCCAAUUGUGCGCCCUCAUACGCUCAAGUUGGUCCUCUCACAGCACCUCAACAAAUUAACCCUGGUGCUCUUAAAAUCGAAAAUGUAUGUGAGACAGGUUCUGCUCAGAAGUCUAGUCCACCAGUCCAGCAGCCAUCUCCACAUCCAACCUCAUCAGCCUCAUCUCCCUUUCAGCCCCCCGUGGCAUCUCCACCUCCCUGCUCAAGUCCUGGGGCUCUGAACACCGUUCGAAAAAGCCCCAUGCCUCCAUCUCCCACUGCCCAAGUCAAAAGUAAACCUGGACAGGCUGCUGCAGCUGUUUCUGGUGGAGCUGACUCGCAUCAGAAUCCUACGGAAAUGCCAGCACAGGGGCCCACAGUGGCUGUGCCACCACCAGUCUGUCAUCCAACUGCUAGUCCUGCCAUUCAGAUUGAAGCACCAACUUCCCAUCCCAUUCCUGCUGCGUCAGACAACAUUGCACCAACUGUACUCUCUUCUCCAAUCCCAGCUUCGGACCAGGUUGCGGUUACUACCCAGAUUGUAAGCCAGGCCCCAGUUCCUACAGCAGCUCCAGUCCCAGGCCCAGCACAGACUGUAACUUCUCAAGCGCCUGUUGUCACUUUAGUUGGUUCUACCACAGACGUUGCUUCUACUACCUUGCUGUCUACGGUUGCUUCUGUGGAAAGUCCCAUGCCGUCCAUUGUUCCAAUUGUUACUGCAUCUGGGCCUGUUCAGGAGGUUACUCCCACCACAACCUCUCCAGCUGCUAACCCCAGUGCAGUAAUGCCAGUUCAGUCUGACCCCCCAGCCAUGGAGCCUCCCACACCGCCAGUGGCCACACCUAAUGAAACCACUCAGACCACUCCAGCACCUGUUCAACAAGAGGUCCCACAGUCCCAGGAACCUGUUGCCAGUGAGAAGACGAGUGAAGAGGUCUCGACAGGUUCUGAGCAAGGAUGGGCAAAGAAAAGAAAGACGCCCAUCAACUUAGUCCCAAGAGCUGCCGUGGAGAAACCCAAGGGACCGAGCAGACGCAGCUCCCGGGCAGAGAAGGAGGUGGAGGAGGAGCCGGUGGCAGACAGUGGCAUUAGGAAGAGAUCGGCCAGGCCUGGCACAAGCGCUGCGGUAAAAGAAACUGGAGCCAGCCCCACCCAAGCCAAACGAAGGAAGUCUAAAUAGGCACAACUGCAGUUGUGUACUGUACUGUACUGUAAAUUGUGUUUUUCGCUGUGAAUCAUUUGAUAUCGGUUUCUUUGUCCUAGAUUAUGAAUUGUCAAUGGAGAAAGAAACUAUGUACAGUGUGUUUUAAAAAUAAUUAUGCUAUCGUUUUGUCCAUGCUAUUAUUUGAGAUUGUAGCUAGAAUGUGUGCAUACAUUGUGUUUCGUGUGAAUGUGCUUUUUAUAUUAAAUGCUGGAUUAAUCCUGUGAAGACUGAUCAUGGAGCUUGUUAUGAUUGUAUAAUUAUGCUGUAAAACUGAAUUAAAUUUUCUACUGCUUUUGGUCUGUGGAACCGUGUAACGUGA